AUGAAUGAUCGAAUAUCGGAAAAUGAAAAUUGCAUAAGUAAACAGAAUGUGAAAAAAUGUUUUCUUAUUCAACAUGCAUAUUUAGUUCUUCAUUGUCCAUUAUUUAUAAUGUCCAGUAUGCAAAGAUUUAAACAACUUGAAUAUUUAAAAUCUAAACUUACAACUAGUGGAUUGUUAAUUGAAACUAAGUAA